AUGGCGGGUGACUCCAAGCCUCUGGUCUCAGAUACCACUGCCAGAAACUCGCGAACUCUCCUGCGAGUUGUCAUUCUCUGUUUCAUUGCCGCUGCUGCCAUUGCCAGCCGUCUAUUCUCUGUUAUUCGUUUUGAAAGCAUUAUCCACGAGUUUGAUCCGUGGUUCAACUUCCGAGCGACCAAAUAUCUCGUAGCCAAUGGCUUUUACAAAUUCUGGGACUGGUUCGAUGAUCGGACAUGGCACCCUCUUGGCCGUGUGACGGGAGGAACCCUCUACCCGGGUCUGAUGGUCACCAGCGGCGUCAUCUACCACGUCCUCAAGGCCCUGGCUGUUCCCAUCGACAUCCGCAACAUUUGCGUCCUCCUGGCCCCCGCCUUCUCCGGCCUGACGGCCUUUGCCGCGUACCUGCUCACCAAUGAGAUGACCACGUCCCCCUCGGCUGGUCUCCUCGCCGCCGCCUUCAUGGGCAUCGCCCCCGGCUACAUCUCCCGGUCCGUCGCCGGCAGCUACGACAAUGAGGCCAUCGCCAUCUUUCUCCUUGUAUUCACCUUCUACCUGUGGAUCAAGGCUCUCAAACUCGGCUCCAUGCUCUGGGGUGCCCUCUGCGCCCUUUUCUACGGAUACAUGGUUGCUUCAUGGGGUGGAUACGCCUUCAUCACUUGUAUCCUGCCCCUCCAUGCCCUCGUCCUCAUAUGCAUGGGCCGCUACAGUAACCGCCUCUACGUCAGCUACACCACCUGGUAUGCUCUCGGAACGCUUGCUAGCAUGCAGAUCCCUUUUGUCGGCUUCCUGCCUGUCAAGACGAGCGAGCACAUGCCCGCUCUUGGAAUCUUCGGCUUCGUCCAGCUCAUUGGAUUCAUCCAAUAUGUGCGCUCAGCCCUUUCUGGCAAGCAGCUGCAGACCUUUCUCGUCACGAUUCUCGUCGCCACAUUUGGUCUCGGUCUGGCUGGCCUCGUUGGCCUGACCUCGCUGGGCUACAUUGCCCCCUGGAGCGGUCGCUUCUACUCGCUUUGGGACACCGGAUACGCCAAGAUUCACAUUCCCAUCAUUGCCUCGGUCUCUGAGCACCAGCCCACCGCCUGGCCCGCCUUCUUCUUCGACCUCAACAUUCUUGUUUGGCUGUUCCCUGUCGGUGUCUAUCUGCUCUUUCAGGAGCUCAAGGAUGAGCACGUUUUCGUCAUCGUGUACGCCCUGUUUGGCAGCUACUUUGCCGGUGUCAUGGUGCGCCUGAUGCUCACGCUCACGCCCAUUGUCUGCGUUGCCGCUGCUAUCGCCGCUUCACAGCUUCUCGAUAACUUCCUCACCCGCAAGCCUGCCGGGGCUGAGGCGGUGUCGAGCGACAAGAAGUCGUCCAAGGGUGGUCUUCGCUCUACUCAAUCGCCCAAGUUUGGCGUUUACUCGCUGCUGUCCAAGAUCAUCGUUGUCGGCUCCGUUACCGUUUACCUCCUGAUGUUUGUCUCUCACUGCACCUGGGUCACAUCUAAUGCCUACUCGUCACCCUCUGUCGUCCUUGCCAGCCGCAUGCCCGACGGCAGCCAGCACAUCAUUGACGACUACCGUGAGGCCUACCAGUGGCUCCGCCAGAACACCAAGGAGGACGCCAAGAUCAUGGCCUGGUGGGACUACGGCUACCAGAUCGGUGGCAUGGCCGACCGCCCAACCCUGGUGGACAACAACACGUGGAACAACACGCACAUUGCCACUGUAGGCAAGGCUAUGGCUUCCUCCGAGGAGGUCAGCUACCCCAUCAUGCGCCAGCACGAGGUCGACUACGUCCUGGUUGUCUUUGGUGGUCUUCUGGGCUACUCCGGCGAUGACAUCAACAAGUUCCUGUGGAUGGUCCGUAUCGCCGAGGGUAUCUGGCCCGACGAGGUCAAGGAGCGCGACUUCUUCACCCCUCGUGGUGAGUACCGUGUUGACGAGGGUGCCACUGACACCAUGAAGAACAGCUUGAUGUACAAGAUGUCCUACUACAACUACCACUCCCUCUUUCCCCCCGGCCAGGCUACCGACAGGGUCCGUGGCGUCCGUCUUCCCGAUAAGGGUCCCGUACUUAACACGCUCGAGGAGGCCUACACGUCUGAAAACUGGAUUAUCCGUAUCUACAAGGUCAAGGACCUUGACAACGUGGGACGUGAUCAUGCCGCCGCCGCCGCCUUUGAUCGCGGCCAGAAGAAGAAGGCGAUCAAGAAGAAGGGCGCUCGCACGCUGCGGGUGGACUAA